AUGGUCUCGCUGUGGGGUUCGAAGAACAAUGAUGAUGAGCAGCCCGACGAUGGCUCUACCACGCCGAGAGGCUCGACCGAGGACACCAGACGUCCUCCGUCCAGACGUUCCUACGAGCGAAGGGAGCGCGAAGCAGAUGAGAGAACCAGACUCUUGCCCGCUCAACCUCGUCCCCCUCACUCGGAUGGCUACCUGGACCCCGAUGACCCGGCUGUAAGCCAGCUCUUUCUACUCUGUUACCAUGGCGCUAGACUGACAAGCAUANNGGUCUCUCCCUACAACCUCUGGACCGUCCGCUUCCUGAGAUACAUCACCGUUCUCUUCUUCCUUAUCAACUUCAUCUGGUGGAUCCUGCUCUUUGUGAGCAUCUUCGUCUCUCCUCCUGGUCUGCACACCAGAGGUUCCGGUUUCUUCGACUUUUCCUACACCACCCUCACCGCUGGUAACCUCCUGGUCGCCAUCCUCUUCUUUGCUGCCCCCUCCAAGGGCAUGCGCAUCACCAUGGGCAUCAUCACUUCCAUUCUGGCCAUUGACUUGAUCAUGAUCCUCGCCAUCCCUCGCCUGAGGGUUGAGGAGGGUUGGCCGGGUAUCGCCUCGAUUGCCUGGGCUACUCUUAUCGGUCUUUGGUGUGUCAUUACCGACAGAGUCGUGGCUUGGGGCAAGAAGGAAGAGGAAGAGCGUCUUACUGGUCGCGCCGAGACACGCAGAACAUUGCGCGAGUGGUUGGCCGUUUCCCUGGCCACCUUCAUCCUCAUCAUCUACGCCAUCAUCGCCGUCCUCAUGACUGCGACUCUUGUUCUGCGUGCCUGGGACGCUACCCUCCCCAUGGAUGGCGAGCGUUACUACGUGGAUGGCGAUAAGUACCAAGUCCACCUGGCCUGCCUGGGCAACGUUACUUACAGCGCUGAUGGUGUCGCUAACCCCACUCUUCUGCUCGAGGCUGGCGAGGUGCCUUCGGAGUACGACUUUGAGCACUGGGCCUAUGCUGCAUGGAAGAAUGGCACUAUCGACCGUUACUGCUACUGGGAUCGUCCUGGCUACGCUUGGUCUGACAGCGCUCCCAGCCCUCACAGUGCUGGCAUGUCCGCUGAUGCUCUGUCCGAGGCUUUGGCUGUCGCUGGUGAGGAAGGACCUUUCAUCCUCGUCUCAGCUGGCUACGGCUCCAUCGUCUCGCGCAUCUUCUCCGCUCGUCACGUCCGCAACAUUGCCGGUAUCAUGAUGAUUGAUCCUCUUCACGAGGACCUUCUCCACCGCAUUGGUGGUGCAUACAGAGGCUUUGUUCUCUGGGGUUUCGGUAUCAUCUCACCUCUUGGUAUCCAGCGCAACUUUGGUGCCAUCUUCAACGGACGCACCCGUGAGGAUCGCGUCUACGGUCGUUCGGCUUACCAAGGUGGCAAGUUCAUCAAGGCUCAGCUCCAGGAGAACCUCAUCGCCGAGUCCUUGACCAAGAACGAGGUUGCCAGCGCUCGUACUAUUCAGACUCCCGACGUUCCACUUGUCAUCAUCAGCAGUGGUAUUAGCAACCGCCGCGACAACGAGUGGGAGCGCAAGCAACGCGACCUGACCAAGCUGACCGAGAACUUGAUCAGCUGGGAUGUCGUCAACAAGGCUCCCCACGAAGUCUGGAGAACCCUUGAGGGCAGAAAUGUUAUGGACAAGAGACUGAAGGACAUUGUCAAGCAGCACUACAGAGCCUUCUCGAUCAAUGAGGAGGAGAAGUAA